AUGCAUCUCGUCAAGGUUAGUCCCAACGUAUUCGCUAUAUUUGUCAACUGGCUCUACCGAUCGGCGAUCGGGACCGUUCACCGUCGAAGUUACCUCUUCAAGCUUGCAGACUGUUACAUCUUCGCAGACAAGAUCUGUGUGCCAUCUUUCAAAGACGCAACCACGGACACCAUUCAAGACAUAUCCCGGGAAAACGGGCUCGGAGAUGACAUCUUCCUUCCACUUCUUGAGAAGAUGUCGAAAUUCAAUCUGCCAUAUGAAAGUCAUACCCAAUUCUGUGUCUACGUCGUUGUGGAUUCGUUCGUUGAAAGACAUGGGAACGAGAACAAGAACCGUGCCAGGAUCUCGGUCAAGAAAAACGACACAGAAAAAGUUUAG